AUGCGUUGUGUUUGUGUCGCCAUUCAACAGCCAUUACCGUCCAUCGGCCAUUCAGCAUCCGAAACCGUCCGCCAUGGAACGUCAAUCGACCGAAAACUAAAUCAACAGGAUGAUAAAGAUAUCUCGUCUGCUGAAGCAAAUGUUGGAUUUUCGAUCUACGCGGUACUUAAGAGAGUUGUGCCUUCUCCAUUCCGGACAUUUAGUCGAAUAUCCCCUUGGUAUUCGGCCUUAUAUAAUCCGACCUGCAGUCCAUUUUUACGAUGCCGGUUAAAUGUACUAAUUUAUAUAAGACUAUUAAAACUGUACUUGUUUAAUCAUUUUGGGCAAUCUUUUCAUACUAUUGAUUGUGUUCAAAGAAGAAAUCAAUAG